AUGGCAAUGACCCUGGGUUACUGGCACCUCCACAGCCUAGCUCAUGUAGUCCGCCUGCUCCUGGAAUGCACAAACUCAAACUAUGAGAAGUACAGAAUAGGGGACAGUCCCAACUAUGACAGAAGCCAGUGGCUAAGUAACAAAUUGAAGCUGGGUCUAGACUUCCCCAAUCUGCUCUAUUUAAUUAGUGGGGCUCACAAGCUCACCCAGAGCAAGGCCACCCUUGACUCCACUGCUCACAAGCACAACAUGAGUGGUGAGACUGAGAAGAUAUGCAUGGCCGUGAUGGGGAACCGGGCUACAGACACUGCUGAUGACUUGGUCCGAGUCUGCCACCGCCAUCACUCUGAGAAAAUGAAGCCUCAAUACCUGAAGGAGAUCCCUGAAAAUAUGAAGCUCUACUCAGAGUUUCUGGGGACAAGGACUUGGUUUGCAGGGGACAAGCUCACCUAUGGCCUAAGGAGGAUCUCUGCAUACAUUAGUCCAGCUGCUUCCUCCCACACCCUUUAUGUUCAAGGAUAG